UCGAUAACAGUUUAAUGUGUCUGUUUCCAUACAGCAUCCAUGGUGGAUCACGUAUCCAAAGGCGAAUCCUCUCAGCAGUUAGAAGAUUCUACAAGCCAGAUCCUAGAAGCACAGGCAGAGUCCAGUCGGGGCCGCAGUGGUUCUCUUGCUUCCACCUCUUCCCAGUCCUCCUAUCGUAGCCAGAAGGAUGCCCUACGCCACCGCAUUCUACACUUAUCUGAGUUGCUGCGAGUGGAGAGGAACAACCGAGAUGAUAAUACUUCCUGUUAUGUGGAGCUGGUGAGCAAGGCUGACCGGGAGAAGGCCCCUUCUAUCCGCCAGGCCUUUGAACGCAUCAACCAGCGCUCUUCAGCUAAUAUUGCCCAUCUGGAACGGCGCCUGCAGGAUUGCUGUGCCCAACUAAAGAAACUUGAGCAGAGGGUUCUGACUACUCAGGAGAGUAGCACCAGUGCUGCCUCUAUACAGCACCAGCCACAACCGCACAUCUUUACCUCGAGGUCCAGUUUUCCCCGGCUGCCACCCUUUCAUCUACCCAGGAUCCGUGCUACAGAAGCAGCAGGAGUAGCAGAGGAAGUCAACCUCCCUCCCCUCUCUGAAACCAAGGAGACUUGCCCUGUUCCAGAGCCUGUCCCAAAACAAGCCCUCGAGGAUGCAAGCAACCAGAGGCUUCAAGAAUUGAAGACCCAGUUAGUAGAGCUCAGAGAAGACAAUAAAGCUAUGGAGGAUGAAUGGCACAGGGUGGAUGAGGCAUGGAGGGCAGACAAACUACAAAUUAUGGAUCUCCUGCAGGAGGAGAAGAAAAGGCGCUAUAAUCUGGAGGUGCAAGUGAACGAUGUGAUCCAGAUCAAUCUCAAUGAGAUCACCAACCUCAAACAUGACUUGGCUUGCACUGAAGAGAAGAUGGUGUACCAGUCUUAUGAGAGGUCUCGGGACAUUUGGGAGGUGCUAGAGUCCUAUCAGACCCGGCUGGCCAAACUGGAAAUGCAGCAACUGACCCAGCAACAAGAGGCAAUGGAACUGCCCCAGGCCAGCGUAUAUAAACUUUACGGGCAACUUAUGAACCUCCUGCUGACCAUUGCUGCCAUUUUCCUGGUGUGCGCCUCCACCAUUUCGGCUUUUGCCUUACCGCUCUUGCGCACUCGCUGGCGUGCCAUUACCACUCUUCUUGUGGUUAUCAUCAUAAGUGCUGCCUGGAACUAUUUUCCUCACUUUGCCCCAUCGGAAUGGAAAACGUGGCUCUCCUCCGUUUCAUAACCAAGAAAUGAAAUGGCACACACAUUUCUUUACUCGUUCCAUUGCUUUCCAACAUUCCCUCAUACCUAUUUAUUUCUUUAUUUUAAAACCUCUAUAGGUUUGUCUAUGACCGAGUCUCCUUUUAGCUAUGCCAGAAGACAUAUGACGGGUCAUUAAAAAAAAAUCUAAUGCUGAGUUUCAGCACCUCGGAUUGAUCUAAAUGGGCUGUAAGGAGUUUAAGGGCUGUGUUUCCGUUCUUAAUGAGAAAAGACAUUACACGCGAGACAAAAAAAGACACACACAGUAUUCAUAUCUACAUAGGUGAAUGUGCAGACAUUCUGAAUUCGUUAGUAUGAGUAUGGAAGGAAUCAAAUGAAACCAGACAGCCUUACAUCCUAAUAUUACUGUCUAACCAAGCUGUGGUUCUGCAUGUCUAUCUAGCUUAGGAGGUAUAUGCAGGAAUUUCCCACGACAUUGUGGCAUCUGGAUUGGGAAAUCCAAAUCAAAUUCUACUACGCCCUAAUUAAAAAGAGGUCUUGUCUA